CAUAAUUUUAAGAUUUUUAUGUAAUAGGCAUCUUGCACUAAUAAUAAGUUAUCAGAUGGUUUUUUUUUUGCUACACAAUAUGGAUUUCUUAAUUUCUGAGAUGGAAAAAUUGUUAGUAUCUGGUAAAGAGGACUGUACUAUCCAAGACAUUAUAGGAGAAUUUGCAGGUAAAAAUAUUGAUGAUUUAUUGAUUGAAGCUGAUAAAAUAAUUGGUGAAACACUUCCAUUCUUCCAAACAUAUUCAAGUACAAAUAAAGUUAAAUCAUCAAAAGACUGUAAAAGUAUACAAAAUAAUACUAGGAUUAUACUAGCACAGCCUAAAAUUGAAAGGAAUGAUACAAAAAGAGUUAUUUUUAAUUUAAAAAAUAAUUCUCAAUGUAUUUUAACUCCAGAGAAACAUUCAAAAACAUCAAAAAUUUAUGAAAAUUUAACUAUAAAUAAGUAUGUUAAAGAAGAGGAAAGAAAACAUCAUAAUAUUCAUUCUCUGUCUUUAAAAAAAUGUACAACUAAAUUAAAGAUUCUUGAUCCUAAAAUAAACUUAAAAAAAUCUCAAUUUAAAGUUAGUUCAUCUAUGCUGGAAAAUCACAAUCGGCUACAAAUUAUGUGUAACACAUAUGAUAAAUUUGCUAAAAAUAAUAAAACACAGAACCAAAUCAAUAAAUUAAAAAUGGAAGAAGAAUUAAAAUAUUAUAAAUUUAAAAAUAAAGAACUCGAAAAAAAUCUUAUGUUUAAAGAACAAGAAAUUCACAAUUUAGAAAAUAAAUAUCAGCAAUUAAAUCAGUAUUGUGAAUCAUUUUUGAAAAAAAAUAUCGAAGAGACAUUAAAGAGUUAUGAUUUUCAAUUAAAUGAACUAAUUGAACGUAACAUGACUAGAGAAUCACAGUUACAUAUUAUAAUUGGUAAUCUCCUUGAAGAAAUUGGACAAUCACAUAAUCAAUACAGAAUAAAAUUAUCAGAAAAAAAUAAACAAAUACGCAAUUAUCUUGAUCAAAUAGAAACAAUACUUGAUAAUGUUUACAAAAUUAAAAAUAAAAAUAUAAAAAUUUAAUAUUUGUAAAAUGUAUUGAUAUCACAUUGA